AUGUCGCCCUCAUCGACGCCUCCUCCCAUGCCCGAUGAGCGUGCCAACAAGAGACGAAGUAAUGACUCCCUUCAUUCCAACCCUGCUCUGGACGAGAACAUAUCUCCCCUCGACCCAAGAAGAUUCACACCUACGCUGCACGCCUCGUUGGUCUCCGAGAUAUUGUCGCUGCGGCGGGACCUGGAGAGCAGGACCAACGACAUAGAGAAAUUGGAAAUCAGUCUUCAUGCUGCCCAGAACCAAAAUGAAGUCCUUAACAGCAACCUACUACAGGCGAACAAGGAAAACAGAUCGACCAAACGACAAAUGCAACUUCUCGAAGGCGGCACCCUCUCUGCUCUCAACGAACUGGCGAAGGAGCGCGAUGAAGCCUUGAGCGAUGUGUCAGAUCUACGGAAGCGGCUCGAACAGAACCAGAAGAAGACUAAAGGUCAAGAGGAGACGGCCGAGAGAACCCAAUCCCUAUGGGACAAGGACAAGGAAACAUGGCUUGCCGAAAAGCGUGGACUGGAGACGAGGGUACACAUCGCCGAGGGUCGCCUGAAAGUAGUGCUCAGUGAGCUUGCCAAUGCCCAGCACCACGCAGCCGCUCCGGUGUCUCCUACCGAGCGUGCACACAGCCGAAAUAGCAUGAUGGAGAGCCCAAGCAAAGGCUCGAUCAUGACUCGGAGAGGAAGGCGACAUAGCGCUGCCUCUGUCAACAGCGAAACGCACGGUGGCCGGGUGUCGGUCUUGAGUUUCCACAACGGUGUCUCUGUCAAUCUAGCGGAUGAACUCGCCUUUGACGAAAUGGAAGAGGACAUGCUGAACGCCCAAUACAACGAAGAUGGGCGUGUCUCACCUGACGCCUUGCCAGAGGAGCACGUCCGGCCGGCGUCGAGUUUGUCCAUCAAAGCCAGAAAAAUCUUGGGUCUGCCUGUCGACUUCGAGGACAUGGAACGUAAUGACAGUCCAGACCAUGAUCGUGCCGGUGUUAUGUCGCUGGACGGCGGUCGAAAUCGCGUGAGUGUCAAAUACGUGGACACGGCGAUUCAAUUCUCCCCUCCGGCUUCACCCUGGCCGGUCAUGGAAACGCAGCCCAAGGCUAACGGACACAAGCCCCCAGAAAUUGCCGUUGGGAAUGCCCGACAGGUUAAUGUUACCCCAGGCCCAGACAGUCCGGUGGACAGCGUCAAUAUUUCAUGGGACAAGCAGCGACCUAUCAUGGUAUCAUCAGCCUGCCAGACAGUCGAAGCUCUCCCAAGUCCGCCAUUGACACCUGACAAGCGCGAUGCUGGACUGGCCACAAUCCCCGAAAGUGCCUUGGAACGAGUCGAAACAGCCACCAUUGGGACUCAGACCGAGCCUGCAUUACCUGCCGUCGAAAACUUCAGCCACAAGCAUACCGGAAGUGAAGAAACUCUAGAUCUCAAGGUUCCCCUAAUUGCGAUAAUUCCUCCCGCUUCGAGACCUGCCACACCUGAAACUAAUGUUGUGCUACCACCCCGAACCAAGAACGCCGGAAGCCAGGUCACUAAUCAACUCCUCGGACUCUACAAGUCCUCGUCGGUGCAGACCGAAGAAAUUCGAGUUGAUAUAAGAGCCAUUGUCCCACCCUCCGAGAUGCCACCUGGACCGUUGUCGACUCACUAUAGGCCGCCACUUUCGUCAAGGACCGCAGCACCACCGCCCAUACCUCGAUCGAGAGUAUCUCCCGGUACUUCCAUGUUCGCUUCCAGGCGUUCGACCGUGGCGGGUCCCUCCAAAAUACCUCCUGUCAACGACAGCGGCCCUCUCGCAAGGGAUUUUGCUUCAAACAUGCCACGACCCAUCAGAUCAAGCAGUCUUUUUGCGGGCUUUGACGACGAGGCCGAGGACCGCGACGAGUUUGUCAAUGAAGACACUUUCCCAGAAGACGAUAUCUUCAGCCGGCCUACAGCCAAAUUCACACUCAAAUCUGGUAAAAUGGUCUCGCAGGACUCGCGGCUGGAGGAUGUUAGCGAAAGUGCCGCAGUCUCUGCAGGCGAAGCAGUCGCGCUGGAAAAUCUUCGACUUUCGGAGGACAGCCUGCCCCCAGAGAUGAGGGCGGUCCUCUUCCAGUCGCGCACCAGCCCACGCAGGGGCUCUCAACGACAAAACAUGGGCAUGAAGUUGAAGAGAGUGCCUUCUACCAAGAACAAUAACAUGAGAAGGGCGGCUCUGAUCUCCAGCGGAGCUGCAGCACAUCAAUCGCAACAUUCCCAAUCCACAACCACCUCGUUUGAGAGCAACAAUCCGCCCCCUUUCCCAGUUCCAUUGAGGUACAGCUCGGCCAAAAUCGGCAAAUCAAUCAGCGAAGGUGGUCGCAGCUCGCCUGGCAGCACCAAUGCCUCACCGACAAAGCGACCGAGGCAUGGCAAAUACCCCAAACCGAUGCUGAGAAAGGCGAGAUCUGGACCAGCAAUAUCGCCUCACUCUCAAGCUCGUAAGUCUCGAAGUCGUUCACCACCUUUAGAACCAAGGGUGUCCAUUGUCCCAGAAAUGCCAAGUUUUGCAAUGCCCAAGGCACCACCUGCUCCUCGGCUGGAGCCGUACGGCGACCUUCGAGAAGCGAGUGCGCCACGGCCGUCGAUUGCCACUGGACCCAGUCGACAGCGAGCUCACACCAAGCAAAACUCAGACGCCGUGGAGAUGCAUCAAACCUCGGUCGUUGACUCGAUUGCACAGACCAUGGUGGGAGAAUGGAUGUUCAAGUAUGUCAGGAGAAGGAAGUCCUUCGGGGUGACGGAUAAAGCGGAUUGGGAUCCCAGCAAGAGCGUCGAGGAAAUCUCCCAGAGUGUCACCAACAAUGGUGUUCGACACAAACGAUGGGUCUGGCUUGCGCCAUACGAGCGUGCUGUGAUGUGGAGCAGUAAACAACCAACAUCUGGAACCGCACUGAUGGGCAAAAGUGGUCGCAAGUUAACGAUCAAAUCUGUGCUCGACGUCAAGGACGAUAACCCUAUGCCGAAAGGUUCACUCAGCGGACCCAAUUUCAACAGAUCCAUUCUCAUCUUGACGCCCCAGCGUGCACUGAAGUUUACCGCAACAUCACAAGAGCGGCAUUAUGUCUGGCUGACAGCUUUGUCGUUCCUGUCGCAUUCCCCUCUCAGCGUCAAUGAGCUGACGGCGAUCCCGCCUCCUCCACCACUGCCUGAACAUGAUCCGAUGCCUGCUGUCCAACCGUCACUCGCAGGCUCUCUUCGCAGACGACCCAUCCGGGACUCGAUCAGACUUACCAAGGGCGCCGCCCGGAACGGGCCCGGUCCCAGAUCAUUCACAACAGAUGGGUCGAUACCCGUCCAAGACUCUCGGCCGCCGACGCGCGACUUUUACGAUCCAUUAACAGACCCGGCCCUCCCACCUACAAUCCCACGACAUUCGCGGAAGAGGAGCAAUACGGCACCACGAGCACCACCGAGUUCGUUCCGAAGCUUUUCGACCAAUGCAGUGACGCCCAGUCUUCCAGGGCCCGGGUCCUCCACUUAUUCACAAAGCGUCCAUUCGACUGCAGUGUAUUCAUCUGACCGUGGGCUCUACACGCCCAGUUUGGGAAUGCAAAGUGUCAUGAGCAGUCGACGAGGGAGUGAAGCAAGUGCUUCCGGCAGGCCUCCCGUGCCACCAAUCUUCCUAGACAACCACGCUGCCAACACCAUGAGAAUGGAUGCAUUUAUCGAUCACGAACAGGCCCCAUCCUCGGGCCGCCCUUCCUUCAACUUCAUGCGUUCAGCGCCCAAGAGAAAGGACAUGGGAUAUUGGGGAGCCGAGCCAGGGCGAGACAGCAUCAGUCCCGUCGAUUCCCUGCUGCAUGGCGAGAUGAUGGCUGCCAGCUCUUCUACCCGAGGGAGCAAUGAUUCCCACAACCCAUGGCGAGGAUUCUAA